AGUUGCGGGCGCUGUGAGCGAAGCAACUGGGAGUUCCGGGGAGCUCAGGAAAAUAGCGGAGGAGCGAAAGCGCGCUCGCCAAGUGGGGAGCGUGAGGGCCCCACCGCGCCCGACCCCUGUGCCCCUUCGCCGCUGCGCCCCGCGGCCGUUGGGCUCCGCGCCCAGGACGCGCGGCUCGCCCCUGGAUCGGAGACUGCCGACUACGCGCCGACUCGGAAGCUGGGAGGGUCUGAGGAGGCUGCCGGCGGCCGGCGGUUUCGGGCAAUAAUCCCUGCCUCUCUUUCUCUGUCUCCCUGUCUUCUGUGUCUGCUCCUUCCCCCGCCCCCCGGAAGCAGGAGGAGAACGGCCCCGGAGCGGAGCAAUCACCCCCUGGCCAUGCUUCGGUGAGGGGCGCGGACUUCGAGGGCAACUUGCCGCGGACUGCCGGGGCUCAGCCAGCGAGCUGCCAGCUGCACGGCUUGGCCUGGAGGAGGGGCUAUCGUCUAUGUCUUCUUGGGGCGCAAGGCGAAUCGGGGUCUCGCUUCUGCAGAAAGAGCCCAGCGCCGGCGGCUUCAGGUGGCUGGCACCGCGGCCGCGGCUACUAGAGCUGAUUCCGCCGCCGGGGGUCCGCGGAGCAGAGACGCGGGAGCCGGGAGACCUCGGAGGCAGCGAGGCAUCGGACAUGUGUCAGCACAUCUGGGGCGCACAUCCGUCGAGCCCGAGGGGAGCUCUGCCGGAACAAUUCAAACUGCGAUAUUGAUCUUGGGGGUGACCGUCCCUGGCCGGCUGUCGGGUGGGAGUGCGAGUGUGCGCCCGCCCGCUCGGGAGUGUGCGCGCGUGUGUAUGUGUGUGCCGCGUCGGGCUCUCCCCUUCCCCCCUGUUUUCCCGUCGAGUGAUGCACUUGGAAUGAGAAUCAGAGGAUGGAAAUAGUGUGGGAGGUGCUUUUUCUUCUUCAAGCCAAUUUCAUCGUCUGCAUAUCAGCUCAACAGAAUUCACCAAAAAUCCAUGAGGGCUGGUGGGCAUACAAAGAAGUGGUCCAGGGAAGCUUUGUUCCAGUUCCUUCUUUCUGGGGAUUGGUGAACUCAGCGUGGAACCUCUGCUCUGUGGGGAAACGACAGUCGCCUGUCAACAUAGAGACCAGUCACAUGAUCUUCGACCCCUUUCUGACACCCCUUCGCAUCAAUACUGGGGGAAGGAAGGUCAGCGGGACCAUGUACAACACUGGAAGGCAUGUGUCCCUUCGCCUGGACAAAGAGCACUUGGUCAACAUUUCAGGAGGGCCCAUGACAUACAGCCACCGGCUGGAGGAGAUCCGGUUACAUUUUGGAAGUGAGGACAGCCAAGGAUCAGAGCACCUCCUCAAUGGACAGGCCUUCUCUGGAGAGGUGCAGCUCAUCCACUAUAACCAUGAGUUAUACACAAAUGUCACAGAAGCUGCAAAGAGCCCAAAUGGAUUGGUGGUAGUUUCUAUAUUUAUAAAAGUUGCUGAUUCAUCAAACCCGUUUCUUAAUCGAAUGCUCAACAGAGAUACCAUCACAAGAAUAACAUAUAAAAAUGAUGCAUAUUUACUACAGGGACUAAAUAUAGAGGAAUUAUAUCCAGAGACCUCUAGUUUCAUUACCUAUGAUGGGUCAAUGACCAUCCCCCCCUGCUAUGAGACAGCAAGUUGGAUAAUAAUGAACAAGCCUGUCUAUAUAACCAGGAUGCAGAUGCAUUCCUUACGUCUACUGAGCCAGAAUCAGCCAUCUCAGAUCUUUCUGAGCAUGAGUGACAACUUCAGGCCUGUCCAGCCACUCAACAACCGUUGCAUCCGCACCAACAUCAACUUCAGUUUACAGGGGAAAGACUGUCCCAACAACCGAGCCCAGAAGCUUCAGUAUAGAGUAAAUGAAUGGCUCCUCAAGUAAGGAACUGAGCUAAGAAGAAUGCCACCUCAGCGAAAAUGCUACAACUGUGAAUUGAUGUAACCCUCAAUGUCCCCCUUCUCUUCCCGCCCCUUCCUUCCCCCCAGCCUCAUUCACUCGUCAGAUUGGCCCUCUCUUCAUGAAAACUGUCUGCAAAACCAUGGCAGAAGAACGUCUAUCUCACGCACACACAUACACUCUCUCUCUCUCUCUCACACACACACACACACACACACACACACACACAAUAUCAUACAACCUCCAUGAUGGAAAGUUUCAGAAGCAAAAGGCUCAUUCAUAACAAGACUUAGAAGAAAAUAACCAGUUAACCUGAUGAAAAUUUUGAUACUGCUUUCCUGAACUAAUCAAUCUACCCAGUGAGACUUUUCAGCCUUUGUAUAUACGAGAUUCUUCCAAACGCAAGAGAGUGUGGCUGCAACACCACCAAGAGGACUUUGCAUCAAGUCAUCUCGGAGAGCGUCCCAGGAUCCUCUGAGGGUGCUGGGGGCAGAGUAAGCCAGGGCAAAGUUGAUCACGAACACUUAUUUCUAGAUUAUGAUUCUUCUGUUUACUCAACAAUUUAAAAAUGGACAUUGAAGAGCUACACACUGUAUAUAUAUAUCACCACAGACUAUAAGGAAAUGGAACUAUUUCCCUCUUUGUCACAUAACUGUAGUAGGAUUUGCCAAGAUCAGAACUGAUCCAUUUGUUGUUUCUUGUUUUCCGAAGGUCAUGCAUUGUGUUUGAUUAUUGUUAACAGCUCAAUAAAUGUGUUUAACGAGUUGAUUUCAUUUUCCAGGCUCGGCUCUGUUCUCCUUCCUGAGAGGCUAAGCCGCGCCUCCCUGCAACUGCGGUCUUCCACUUCAUUUGCUUCUUCAUCUUCAUGUCUUGUUCAUUUGCGGCCCGUUUUAACUGGAUGUGUGGCAACCAGGAAUGCAUUUGCUAAGCAAGCCUAACUUUAAUUCCAUUCCGUGGCUCGAUCAUUCAUACGAGGUGAAGCAUCAACCUGAGAUAGCAGGCGACAGGUUUCUUGCUUUCAAAACUGCCAUCCCCCAGAGCUGCUCCCUUGAAGGAAUGUACUUUGCCUUGUAAAUUCCUGGGAAAUGGGGUGUCUAUUCUCUCCAGGUGCAGCCAGAUCUCACAAAGUACAAAUGAAUGCCUUUCUUUUCUUGUUUAUAAUGGUCACUCACUGUGUUUGGUUACUGUCCAAAAAAAAAAGAUCAAUAAAUGUGUUUAACAAGUUAAACCCA